AUGACUCGCGGUGGCCUACCGGUGUAUCGAGCCGGUGCUGCUAUCCUCCUAGACAAGUCUGGUACCAAUUUGCUCACCCCGAAGGGUUCAUCCUUGUCCGCCUCCUAUAAAGCCUCCCAACUGGGCGUUGCUUACCGCUUGUCCGGCUUCGACAAAGAGAACGACAUGAUCACAUUCUUAGUUCUGCUAUUGGUUGAAGUGUCAUUAGCCUGUAUUGGUGGCGGUCCUCCUGGUGGUGGUGCAUGUUGUGCACCAACCAUAUGGUCUUGUUCAGCGCCAUGUCAACCGAGGCCAGCACCAGUUCUACCACCAAUUCCGCCUCCUCCUCCACCUCCACCAAUACCUCCACCACGGCAACCGCAACCAGUUCCACUACCUCCAUUUCCAUAUCAGCCUCGAUAUGUUUACGCUAAGGUACUACCACCACAGCCAUCACCUUACGGGAGCUUACCACUACAGUUUGUACCACAGCCACCGCCUUCACCAAAGUUUGGAGGGAAGAAAUGCAUCAAUAUGAUCUGGCCAAAGUCACUAUCAGCCAAUGUUUUUCUUCCGAACGAUUUCAAGCGUGGUAAACUUGAUGUUGGAAGAGUGUCAUUUGAUUUAGUCAUUAACAACGAUGAAUCGGAAUCGCCUGGAAGUUCGGAUCGUAUGCAUCUGAUCCGAUCUUAUAAAUGA